UGCGCGCGCGGAAGCCGCCUGUGUCUGAGGCCCCGGGGCGCCGCGCUUCCGGGCAGGGAAAGGGCAGCCCGGCUGAACUUGGCCUCACGCCCCCCGCCCCCACCCCGCUCGCUGUCCCCGGUUCCGCUGGUGAAACCCGAGCGCGCAUCAGGCGCGGGGCCGCGUGACGCGCACCUGUCGGGUCAGGCCAGGCCCGCGGAAGAGGAUGCGCGGGGCCCCGGCCUGAGCCCGGGCCGCAGCGCCCCGCUCAUCGCGCCGCCCCGACGUUUCCCGGAGCAGCAGUCGGCUCUGAUGGCUAUGACGAAGCACCCCGGGCACCCAGGCUUUCAGAAGAUGCUCCCAGUGGCAGUGUGGGUGGCCCUGCUGUGCUGCCUGCAGGCCCAGGAGUUCCAGGGACAUGUCUCCAUAAUCCUGCUGGGCGCAACUGGGGACCUGGCCAAAAAGUACUUGUGGCAGGGGCUGUUCCAGCUGUACCUGGAUGAGGCGGGGAAGGGCCACCAUUUCAGCUUCCAUGGGGCUGCUCUGACGACCCCCGAGCAGGGCCAGGAGGUCCUGGCCAAGGUCCUGGAGUCCCUCUCCUGCCCCAAGGAUGUGGCACCCGAUCGCUGCGCCGAACUCAAGGACCAGUUCCAGCGGCUGAGCCAGUACCGCCAGCUGAAGACGACCGAGGACUACCUGGCCCUGAGCCAGGACAUCGAGGCGCUGGUCCGGCGCGAGGGCCUCCGGGAGGCCGGCCGGAUUUUCUACUUCUCGGUGCCCGCCUUCGCCUACGCGGACAUCGCCCGCAGCAUCAACAGCAGCUGCCGGCCGGGCCCUGGCGCCUGGCUGCGGGUCGUCCUCGAGAAGCCCUUCGGCCAUGACUACCUUUCGGCCCAGCAGCUGGCCACAGAACUCGGGAGCUUUUUCCAAGAGGAGGAGAUGUACCGUGUGGACCAUUACCUGGGCAAGCAGGCCGUGGCUCAGAUCCUGCCUUUCCGAGACCAGAACCGCAAGGCCCUGGACGGCCUCUGGAACCGGCACCACGUGGAGCGGGUGGAGGUCAUCAUGAAAGAGACGGUGGACGCCGAAGGUCGCACCAGCUUCUACGAGGAGUACGGCGUCAUCCGCGACGUCCUGCAGAACCACCUGACGGAGAUCCUGACGCUGGUGGCCAUGGAGCUGCCCCACAACGUCAGCAGCUCGGUGGCCGUGCUGCAGCACAAGCUGCAGGCCUUCCGGGCGCUGCGGGGCCUCCGGAGGGGCAACGCCGUCGUGGGCCAGUACCAGGCGUACAGCGAGCAGGUGCGCAGGGAGCUGCACAAGCCAGCCAGCUUCCAGAGCCUGACGCCGACCUUCGCAGGCAUCCUCGUUCACGUGGACAACCUGCGCUGGGAGGGCGUCCCCUUCGUCCUGAUGUCGGGCAAAGCACUGGACGAGAGAGUGGGCUAUGUUCGGGUCUUGUUCAAGAACCAGGCGUGCUGUGCCCAGAGCGAGAAGCACUGGUCCGGGGACCAGAGCCGGUGCCUGCCGCGGCAGAUCGUCUUCUAUAUCGGCCACGGCGAGCUGGGCAGCCCCGCCGUGCUGGUCAGCCGGACUCUUUUCAGGCCCACCCUGCCCUCCAGCAGCUGGAAGGAGGUGCAGGGCCGGCCUGGGCUCCGCCUUUUUGGCAGCCCUCUGUCCGAUUACUACGCCUACAGCCCCGUGCGGGAGCAGGACGCCUACUCCAUCCUCAUAUCGCACAUCUUCCACGGCCGCAAGGACUCCUUCAUCACCACGGAGAACUUGCUGGCCUCCUGGCUCUUCUGGACGCCCCUGCUGGAGAGCCUGGCCCGCGAGGCCCCGCGCCUCUACCCGGGGGGAGCUGAGAACGGGCACCUGUUGGACUUUGAGUUCAGCGGCAGCCAGGUAGCCUUCUCCGUGCAGCAGCCGGAGCUGCUGGUGCCGGGAACAGCUUCCGCCCCGGCGCCCAGUGACUUCCAGGUUCUCAGGGCCAAGUACCGAGACAGCCCCCUGGUCACAGCCUGGCCGGAGGAGCUGAUCGCGAAGCUGGCCGACGACAUCGAGGCGGCGGCCACGAGGGCGGUGCAGCGCUUUGGCCGGUUCCACCUGGCGCUCUCGGGCGGCUCCAGCCCCAUCGCCCUGUUCCAGCAGCUGGCCACGGGGCACUACGGCUUUCCCUGGGCGCACACGCACGUGUGGCUGGUGGACGAGCGCUGCGUCCCGCUCUGGGACCCCGAGUCCAACUUCCAGGGCCUGCAGACUCACCUGCUGCAGCACAUCAGGAUCCCCUACUACAACGUGCACCCCAUGCCCGUGCAGCGGCACCAGCGGCUCUGCGCCGAGGAGGACCGGGGCGCCCAGGCCUACGCCGAGGAGAUCUCUGCCUUGGUCACCAAUGGCAGCUUCGACCUGGUGCUGCUGGGCAUGGGCACCGACGGGCACACGGCCUCCCUCUUCCCGCAGUCGCCCGCCGGCCUGGACGGCGAGCGGCUGGUUGUGCUGACCGAGAGCCCCUUCAAGCCGCACCACCGCAUGAGCCUCAGCCUGCCCCUCAUCAACCGCGCCAGGAAGGUGGUGGUCCUGGUCAUGGGCAGGUUGAAGCGCGAGAUCACCCUGCUGGUGAGCCGCGUGGGCCACGAGCCCAAGAAGUGGCCCAUCUCGGGCGUCCUGCCUGACUCUGGCCAGCUGGUUUGGUACAUGGACUACGAGGCGUUUCUGGGAUGACGGUGCCUUCGCCCUCCGCUCGCUCCCAUGCUGUCUUUCACCUGUCCUGUCCCCUCCCCUGUGAGUCCUGCCACCUGCCCGCGUGCCCCAGCUCUGGAAUCUGAUGCCUCAGGGACAGGCCCUGGGAGAGGCCCUAUCCCAGUCAAUCCCUUUGAGAGUCCCCAUCGAGUUGUGGGCAGACACAGAAACAAGGAAGAAGUGGAGGCUCAAGAGCCACCUCGCAUCCAAGGUAGGAGAAAAACAUCCACCCGAAGGAAAGACCUGCGGCAGUGACCCAUGAACAUCACGCAGCACAAAACAGGACGGUGUGAAAGCUCCCAGCCUCAGAAGGAGGUGUGCAGUCGGCUGAGAGGAAGAGUCCGGAGUGGGGGCCCUCGAACUGGUUCCCGUGGAGAAGGGUGUGGAUGGGAGACAGGCGGCAGCGCCGCGGCGAGCGGGCGCUGGAGCCGUCUGGCACGCUCUGGCUGCCGCAGCCCGUGCUUCCCAGGCCCCCUUCUCCCCGGGCCUCCGCCAUUCGGCCUGCCUUCCCGUCUGCCUGCUCAGUGUGCUGGGUCCCUCCUCCUGGGUCCCGACUGUGGGUGCUCUUUCUGUCCCGGCUCUGUGCCUUGGCUGUCCCCCAGACGCCCCAUUCAUAGACAGAUGGAAGAUGAUGACAGUAACACAGCCACAAAUACUAGGAUGUCACAAUGGUGCCAAAAAUCUUGCGACUGCUGCUUGGAGCCCUUUCUCAGCAGGUGAACUUCUGCGCAUGGGGGAGGUGCCGGCGCCCCAGCUCCUCGGCCGGGGGGCAUGGCGGCCCGUCCCUGAUGUCAAACAUGCUGGGCAGAAAGGCUCAGGCCAUUCCAAGGAGCCCUUCUGUAAGAGGGUCCUUUACAUCUCAGGGGACUUCCCAGCAGGUGUUUCCUCUCUUGUUUUACCAGGAAAGACCCAGUCAAAUAUUUCUUCAGGGGAGAGAUGUGCCAUCGAAUGACAGACCAUCCAGACACUCUUCCCUGACCAGACAGGACCCAGGCCCUUUGGCGGGGCAGCCACAGUGCACAGUAGCAGUGGCUGCCGCCCGCCUUUCUCACACUACCUCUUGGGGGCAUCCAGCCUGCCGCCUCCCUGUCUGCCGCCUCACACUUCACCGCUAACACACUGCCGGAAGACUUGGGGAACAAACUGGGUGCUUCUCCUUAAGAAUAGGUUGGGUGCUCUGCUCUUCAGCAUGGGGCAACGCUACUUGUUUUCCCAGAACCCCCAGGGGGUAUCUUUGAAAUGCUUUUAAAAGAAUCAAAAUUUUCAGGAUACAUUUAAUUUUUAUUUCUAUGUCCCACAUGGUCAUGCCCCCGAGCUGUGACGAUCAAUGAAGGAGAGAUUUUUCUGUGUGCCUCUGACUCAUACCCACACUGUGUAUCAAUUGAGCAGUGCCCGCGUCAGACUGAGGGCUUUCCUUGGUGAGGCAGAGCAUCACAAAACCCAUGUCUUUACUUUUGUCUGUUCAGACUUCCCUCAAGGCUGUGGGUGUGCAGGAAUUACUGCUCUUGUUUUGAGAUGUGAGCCUAUGAAAUGGAUGCCUGAGCCGGGCAGUCUUGUUAAAAUUCCACUUCCCUUGGCCUCCAGCGGCCAGGUCCAGGUGGGGCAUCUCUCCGUACACUCACAGAGCUCACCUUGGCAGAACGGAAUCACAGUACCGGGUCGGGAAGUCUCCUCCGUUGCUGGAGGUCGGCAUCUUAGCUUUUUGGCGGACCGAGGCGGUUGUAGUUCGGGUGCCACCUGUGGCCAGGUGGGGGCGCUCGUGCACCAUCCCUGCCGGUUGGCGGUCGGACUUCCCCGCCUUCCCGCGUUGUACUUGCAUUUUCAUAAUCUGCCUCCCUGAGCCCUUGGCCCUGAACACUCCCCCAGCUGUUCUCAGGGAAUUUCUUCCUCUGCGGUUGCAACACCAGAGAGAAAGCGACCUCCCCAGGCCCAAGCCUCAGCCCAGGACAAACGGUGAGCUGUGCCACCGUUUCUGAAUAAUAAUGAGUCACUGCCGGCCUGAGCCUGGCACGUCCUGUUCUGAGUGUUGCUAGGCCUCAGAAUGCACCCUUAUCUGUGGAGGGUGUGCACCCGGGGGUAGGGAUGGGGCAGAAGGGCCAAAGCGUUCCUUCCCAGAAUCAACUGCUGUCUUUGAGUCACAUCCGAAAAGACCCCUGGGAGACAUUGUCAGUCUUUGCUCCCAACUGCUCCCCACCUGCUCCCCGCCUGCUCCCUGCCUGCCCUGCGCCGGGAAGGAGGGAGUCUCAGAACCGGGCCAGCUGCACUGCUGGCUUCUGAACUUCCUGGACCAUAAACCGCAUCCAGAAACCCUUUACAUCACGAGUCCUGCAGCAAUCUGUCUCACACACAAAUGUAACAUGGG